AUCUACUUUAUCAACGAAGUUAUUGUUAAGUGGUCUGAAAGAGCACUUGGAUGCGAAAACAGCGUGUCGGAUGCGAUCUGCGACUCCAUAGUUGCUUCCCAGACACCUCUUACUUUUGACUUUCAGUUAUCUAGCGCUGAUUCUGAAGAGAAGAAGCAGGCAAUGAUCAAAAUGUGCCCGAAAACAUGCGGAUAUUGCUGCUUGACCGACGCCUACAACUGUGUCAACAGAGAAUUCCCCGGUGUGACAUGCUCCUCUCUCACUCAGGCUCAAUGCAAGGACCCCAAAUGGCGUGAAAUUAUUGCACGUGACUGCCCCAAUGUGUGUGGAUUCUGUCUGGAAGGAGGAUGUGUUGAUGCAGCCAUUGAGUGUGCUAAUGAUAAGAGUAUCUGCCGUAACGUUGACAUGCAGGCCUUCACCAUGGCUAACUGCAAGAAGACAUGCGGUUACUGUGACAACGUCUGUGAGUGCGCAUCAUGGAAAACAAAUGGAUUUUGUGACAAUCAGUUCUACACAAUCCAACAGAAGAAGCAAAACUGUGCUAAAACCUGUGGACUAUGCAAUUGA